AUGGCUCGUACAAAGCAAACAGCCCGUAAAUCAACGGGUGGUAAAGCACCCCGCAAGCAAUUGGCCACCAAGGCCGCACGCAAGUCCGCCCCAGCAACCGGUGGUGUGAAGAAGCCCCAUCGUUAUAAGCCAGGUACUGUGGCUCUUCGUGAAAUUCGUCGUUACCAAAAGAGUACCGAAUUGUUGAUCCGUAAAUUGCCAUUCCAACGUUUGGUUCGUGAAAUCGCUCAAGAUUUCAAGACUGAUUUGCGUUUCCAAUCCAGUGCAAUUGGUGCAUUGCAAGAAGCAGCAGAAGCUUACCUUGUCGGUUUGUUCGAAGACACCAACUUGGCUGCCAUUCACGCCAAGCGUGUUACCAUCCAACCUCGUGAUAUCGCUUUGGCCCGCCGCUUGCGUGGUGAACGCAGCUGA